CGCGGAGCGUGAGGCGGUACGGGUCGGGAGCGGGGCCGAAAGAGCGCGGAGGCGGCCUCUCGCGGGGGUUACGCCGGGGCUGUCGCGACCCGGAUGGAAAACAGACCAACCAACUAACCGUAGGUGUCUGGCGGCCCUCCUGGGAAACGUCAGUGCCCCGCGCGCCACGGCGGAAAAGGGUGUAGCGGAGUUGAAAGUGCGAAAGGAGAGGGUGGAAUGCGGUAAAGUGCGUGCGCCGCCUCUGCAGGUGUUCUAAGCUGCGGGUCUUUAUAACCGUAUGCAAAGCCCUGACGGCCCCCGCGUCAUCAUCCCGACGUGUGUAACGCCAGAAACUGCGCCCCACUGCAGCCUUCCUCGCUGAGCAGCGUCCGAAAGUCACCUUCUCGUAACGAGCUGACAGUGAGCUACCCCACAACACCCCGACGUGGCGUUUAACCGGGUCUGUUAAAUGGCUCCGGAGCCGCAGGGAGCUGCAGUGCCCCCUCCCCAGAGUCAAAAAGCACCCGACAAAUCCUCACUUGGGCUUGCGAAAGCUGUCAGGCAACGACGUGAAGAAAUGCGGUAACACACCAAACCAAAAUCAAGGCGAUAAAAUAGGUUUCCCUGCUAACGCUGGCACCCGUUACUUCUGCAUGCAGCCCAAAAUAGAGAAGGACACCCCGUAACUUCUGUCCUUUCGUGCAGGGACACACGUUCCCAGGCCGCUGGUGCGUUCGUCAGGGGCUGCCUCGUGCUGCGUGCUCCCACGGUGCUUGGUACAGCGCUGCUCCAAACAGAGCCUCUGUGUGCUGGUGUUGAACUCAUAAUAAACAAUAAAACCAAUGAGGCUAAAGUUAGGCUGUGAAAAAGGAACUGGAAAAAUCAGACCUUCUGUGGGGACCUGCCUGGAGCUGUCGUUAUUCAUGCUAUUACGUUUCUUGCUCGGUCUACAGCUGUUCCAGCACACAGAUAAAGCACCACCAGGACCAGCCGUUGUCUCUGAGAGGUGUUGGCCAGCUCAGCCCACGUCAGAAACCCAAAAACAUGGGAGCUGGUGCUGGAGCAUCUCUUCAGGGUAGGAGUGAGGCAGAGCUGAGGUGAAACCUGAACAGGGAGGGAACUAGGGAGCAAAAGAUAAAUUAUUCACUCUCUCUCCGCCAGCACUGGGAAAUCAGACCCAGACAAAGAAGCUCCCUCAGGCUUCCCUGCAUUGGGAAUCAUGUGAGCACUGUUGGAGGGUAAUGUGAUGUGGCACACGUCUGCAGAUGAAACAUUCCCAAAAAUUCCUCUGGUCCUCAGACAGAAAUCCUACACCUCCCGCUGAGGAGGGGGAAGAUGGACCACCUUAAGGGACUUGGAGUGGACCCACGUCUGAGGGGGACCACAGUACUGCAUGGAAGCCACUUGAAUUGCCACCGCGGGGAUGCUGACCUGCAAUGUGUUCUCCAUCGUGGUGUUUGGCUCCAUUGUCAAUGAAGGGUACGUGAACCGCAUGGAAGAGACGGAAGAGCACUGCAUUUUCAACCGCAAUCACAACGCCUGCAACUAUGGCAUUACCGUGGGUGUCCUCGCCUUCCUCAGCUGCCUUCUUUACCUGGCUCUGGAUGCCUACUUCCCGCAGAUCAGCAGCGUCAAGGAUCGCAAGAAGGCAGUGCUGUCGGACAUCGGAGUCUCGGCCUUUUGGGCAUUCCUCUGGUUCGUUGGCUUCUGCUUUCUGACCAACCAGUGGCAAGCUUCAAAACAAGAGGACAACCCAAUGAAUGAGGGAGGAGAUGCAGCCCGAGCAGCCAUCACAUUCUCAUUCUUCUCCAUCUUCACCUGGGUGGGCCAGGCAUUCCUGGCGUAUCAGCGUUUCCGGCUGGGUGCCGACUCGGCCCUCUUCUCCCAGGACUACAUGGACCCAAGCCAGGACUCCGGCAUGCCUUAUGCUCCCUACACGAACGAGGAGGAUGCUACAGACGCGGUGGGGACUUACCAGCAGCACCCCCCGGCAGAUGCUUUUGACACCGAGACACAGGGGUACCAAACGCAGAACUACUGAGCCGCCGAUGACCCCUUUCCCACCCCCUUUCCCUUCUGCCCCCUUUCCCACUGCCGGCAGAAAGCCGAGGCACAAACCAGACACAAGCGUGCGUUAGUGGCACAAGAGGUGGCUCUCAGCUAUGCUCCAGCCUUCUGGGUCAUCUGUUUUUAUUUAUUGUUUUUUAAAAAGGAAAAAAAAACCACACCCCAAAACAACACACACACACACAAAAAAAAAAAGGUUUCCCAAUCACCUCUUCCUUCUCCUCCUCCAGCAAAACUACCUGCCAGAACCAAAUGCUUCCAAAAUCUGUCACUGCAUUGUGACAGGAAGGUCCCUGCUUCCCUCCUCUCCCUCCUGCCUUGCUGCGGAGAGCAGAGUCUGGCCUGUGGGCAGGAGAGGGGUUAUGGCACCAGCAGGAGAGGGGAGGAGGUGUUGGAGGCAGGAGGGAAGGAGUGAGAGGGACUGGGGACCUUCCAAGAAGAGAUGGUGUGGCCAAAGGCUGGAGUAGGUGUGGGAGCACCCGAGUGUGGCUGGAGGGCUUGGCAGCUCGGGGAAGGGGAGGUGUUGGAGUCAGCGUGCAGGAGUGUGAGGGGAGGUGUGGGGCCGGGGAGGAGCCCCAAUGACAUCCCCUGUGCAAAGACAGCUCUUCUCUGCCCCAUGCUAGGGAGGGAGGGGAGCUUUAUUUUUAAAGAUUUUGAGGAGAAGUGGUAUUGGGGGGUGGGGGGGAGCACAAAGAGGUAAAAUGGAAGGAAAGGAGGAAGAUUUGCAGGUACAAUCAAGAAACCACAGGCGUGUCUGUAGGUUACAGCAAGAGACUUACAAGAGAGCAGAAGGGCAGUGCUGUGAGAGUCCCUCCUUCCCUUUGGAUUGAGGUGGAGGUGGUUCCUUCCCCUCACCUACACAUCCUGCUCGCCACUCACUCUUCUCAGACCAGUGUUUGGUGAGGCAGGAGGGGAGCCAUACCUGGUCCCUUGCCCCCCAACACAGUGCCCGUGGGAGGAAGGACGGAGGAAGUGGGCUUCUAGGGUGCCCUGAGAGCCCUCGUCCCCAACUGGGCUGGUUUGAGGGAAAGAGGGGAGCUUUGCCAUUUCACUGUGGGCAGGAAGAGGAGAAGAAAAGCCAGUUUGGCUCUUCAGGUCUAGUUGAACCCUCCUCCAUUCUUCUGCUACCACAUUGCAAAGCCUCUUGCUGACACCAUCUUUGUAGCACAUAGGAAUGGAGCAGGACUCCCCCCUGGAAAGAAACACUGCUGCUGGGAUGGCCAGCACGUGUCUGGCUCUUGCACAAGGAUGCAACCAAGCAGGGAAGGGUCCUGCCUCCCACUCAAAUGGGUAGGCAGGUGUCUUGGUGUACAGAGAAUUGGUUGGGACCAGACUGAGCUCUCUAGAAACUGAUCUUACCGUACUUGACGUAGACUGUUCUUUAGUGCGUCUUCUGCAGCAUCUCAGGUUCCGGCUGUCUUUAAAGCCUCACCUAGGUGGCAGCAGUGGCUCUCAGAUGGAGCUCAUAGGGACAUCAUUCCACUCUCCUCCUGAUUUUACUUUGAGACAGCUAUGGAAGCACACUCUUUAUUCUGGGGUAGAAGUAAGGUCUAUGUGUGAAGAUGGCCCUUAAAGGGAAAUAACUCAUCAAUAGCCACCUGGACAGUUCUCGCCAGCACAGACAUCUCUGAGCACAAGAAGCAGGAUAUUGCCUCCAAGUAGCAGAGAGCAGGAGCAGAUGCAAGAUGCUACCCUCGAGCAUCCAGCCUAGUCUCAGUAGCACCCUUAGUCGGGAGGAUGACACAUAGAUCUGGCCUGCAGUUGCAUGAACAUCACAUCUGGAGGACACAGAGGUUACUGGUCCUUUCCCUCCUCUCAGCACAACUCCUCUCCAGCUGCCCCAUAAGGAUGCGGAAGGAGUGGAAACCAUAGCGCUGCAGGCCCCAAGAGGGAAGGGGAGCAGUUGUUCUCUGCUGAAUAUAGGCACUAUUUCUACGUGCUCCUCUCAGCAGGCUUGUGCUGCUGGAGGCUGUCCCCAGGGCUUGUUCUCCCCAUGGCUUGCCCUCCCUUGCUGGUGGUUAAGCACUGGUGAGGAUGGGAGAGGGGGAUCAGCUGUCCCCGUGCACGCACCAGGAGGGAGUGGGCGCACAUCCCUUUGCUCUGUGGCUGUGAGCUAAAGCAAUACUGUAAAUAGGAGGGAUAUUUUUUUGGAGGGAAGCCCCCCUGGGCUUCUUUUUCUGUGGGCUCAGCCUAAUAUUUAGGCUUGGGAGGGGGUUACUUUAUUGAGAGAGGUUCGUUAUGACUGUGGCUGUGGGGGGAGCUCCCUCCAGUCUGUCUCUCCCGCUGGGGGAGAGGAAAGAACGAAUGAUGAGGUGGAGGAGGAGAAAAAUUAGUUGUACUCACCCAGACUCAUCUGUGUCAUCCUUCGUGCUUUCGUUUUGGGUGGUGAUGGGGAACCAAGAGGAGGAGGAGGCUAUAAAUAACCAUCCCUCAGCGCAAAAAUGUCUUGUACUUUUUGGAAGCAAGUGCCCAUCACCUGUCCCCUCUCCAUGGGGAGGGGGGUGAGGGACCAGGCGCAUGAGGAGAGGUACAGACCAUAGGUGUGUGGGGGGCGGGGGGGGCGGUGCUCUGCUUUGGUGUGUAGCACAGGAGCAUCUUACAUGCCCUUUCUCCCAUCACAGUUAUGUAGAUGGUUGAACACCAUUUGGGGCUGACUAAUGAGCAAGCUUUUUCUUUAUCUUCAUUGGCUUGCUUCUCUCAUGUGACCAGCUUCUGGUGGGUUUGAGGUAGGAAUGAGCCUCCCCCCCGUAGCUGGCACCUCAGUGAGACAUGAGCCAGGUGGCUUUAUCCUCUCUGUCCAUUUCCUCCUUGAUUUGUAUCACAGGAAAGGCAGUGGCAUGGCAGGGGACACUACAGUGGUAGAUACUCGGGCAGCUUCUUGGUUUUGGGACAAGACGUUAUCUUCCUUGUGUUGAGAUGCUUUCAGCCUUUGCAGCAGAGGGUGGGUAGCGACAGACCUGGAAGUGGGACUCUCCUUGUUUGCAUAGAGCUCUUUAAAAUGCAGUUUCCAGUGGCAUUUGACUGUUUCUGCAGAUGGUGAGAGGUAGGGACCUAUCCAAAGGGCCUGUUAUCUUACCUUGGGCGCUUCUGGUAAGGUGCCGCCUGUUUCUGGUGAUCGUAGGCAAGACCAGGUGCCGCUUGUUUCUGGUGAUCAUAGGCAAGACCUGAGUAGCUGGCUGGAACGUGCCCCUUUUAGAUCCUAACCGUGGGUGAGAUCAGCCCCACUCGAGGGAUUAGGAGAUCAGAGGGAAGGCUGUGUGAGCGAAAACGAUAAGGCGGCUUUCUUCCCCCUCUGCCAUUCGUCCAGAUUACAGAGGAUUAUGCCUCCCCUGUUGGGAGCAAUGGCCCCUUGAUGUCUUCUUAUCCCAUGAAGCCCCCGAGUAAAGGACCAUUUUGUGGAAGUAAGGUCUGUGAAGGGCAAAGGGAUGAUGAAACUUUGCCCCUGUUCUACCCGCGGUUUCAGCCUCCUGACGUGUCCCCAGCCCACGUCCCCACCACGCUGUUCAUCACCUCAUCACACCCCCUUCCCCUCCUCGUUUUCUCCUGGCAGUUCCCUCAGGGGAGGAGGCAUCUUUGCCCCUACACCCUCGCAAGCACUUGGGAGGGCCCGGGAAGGCAGUGUUGUGGGGUGGUUCCCGUGGGAGUCUCGGCUCCGGUCCCCAGAGCAGGUACAAGGCAACGAGCCCAGCGAGGCCACCUCGUGCAGCAAGUCCAAGCCAUCCAUCCAGACAACCCCCUGCUGCCUGCGUGGCAUCUGUACCACCCCCUGGGCUGCCCUGCCCCUUCCCCUGCCGCGUUACUGCCUGUGUAUAGUAUAUAUAUUAUAUAUAUAUAUUUAAAAAGAUGUAUAAUAUAAAGCUAUACAUAUAUACGUAUAUACGAUGACUCAUGGAUGGCCUGCCGCAUACAGGAUCCCUCUGAGUGGUCUUGUCUCAGCCCGAGUGUCCCCUCACCCCUCUGCCCCCUCACCCUCCCCGUCCGUUCCCGAGUCCAACUACAGCGAACCCCGCCACCUCGGCACCUGUGUUUACAAUGUCCUAUAUAUUUGUGGUUAACAAAGUGAAGGUGGUAACUACUGGUGUCUCAAUAAAGUUAUGACGUUCAAAAUAACCAAACUAUAUGGAGAAAAAGAAAA